GCAGCCCCGUGGCCCGCGCCAGCGGUGGGCAUCGGACGGAGCCCGGACGGAGCCCGGCCGGGCCGCGACACCGUGGGAUGGCGCAGACGGCCAUGUCCGAGACCUACGAUUUCUUGUUUAAGUUCUUGGUUAUCGGAAAUGCAGGAACUGGCAAAUCUUGCUUACUUCACCAAUUUAUUGAAAAAAAAUUCAAAGAUGAUUCAAAUCAUACAAUAGGAGUGGAAUUUGGUUCAAAGAUAAUAAAUGUUGGUGGUAAAUAUGUAAAGUUACAAAUAUGGGACACAGCAGGACAAGAACGAUUCAGGUCUGUGACAAGAAGCUACUACAGAGGAGCGGCCGGGGCACUCCUGGUCUACGACAUCACCAGCCGAGAAACCUACAAUGCGCUUACUAAUUGGUUAACAGAUGCCAGAAUGCUGGCCAGCCAGAGCAUCGUGAUUAUCCUGUGCGGGAACAAGAAGGACCUGGACGGGGACCGGGAAGUCACCUUCCUCGAAGCCUCCAGGUUCGCACAGGAGAAUGAGCUGAUGUUCCUAGAAACCAGCGCACUGACAGGAGAGAACGUAGAAGAAGCUUUUAUGCAAUGUGCAAGAAAAAUACUUAACAAAAUUGAAUCAGGUGAGCUGGACCCUGAGAGAAUGGGCUCUGGCAUCCAGUACGGCGAUGCUGCCCUGAGACAGCUGCGGUCCCCCAGACGCACACAGGCCCCCAGUGCACAGGAAUGCGGCUGCUAGGCCGCGACGCAAGUUUCUACCAUGGUAUCAGGACAUAGCUGCUGGAAGGUGAAGAAUCUGAUGUUUUUCCUGCCAUCUUUUUCUACUCUGUGCAGUAGAUCAUUGUGAGGAAACAGCAAUGCCCGCUGGAGGAUGGCCCGGCCUCUGUGUAAUAACUCUGACUCGAUGGACAGUAUCAUCAGAUGUGUACAUGUGUGUGGAAACUCAGUGGACAAUUCUACUAAACAUGUUCAUGUAUGUAACCUGUAUGUAGAACUCUGGCCGCACCUUCCCUCCCACCUGACAUUUCCGUUGUAGCUCUGUUCCAAACACAUCUUGCACAUUUCCAAGGCAUGUAUCUGAUAUAUGAUAGGAUAGAAAAUUGCGCUAAAUGUUUAAUUUUUUUAAUCACAGGAACUGAAAUUGGUGAGUGAGGUGUGUUUUUUUUCUCAGCGUGUUGGUUAUAUUUAUGACCUGAUAGGUAAGGACUCUGGCACCACUAAUCAGUGCACUACUUACUUAAUUCUGCUUAUUCCAUUCUACACUGUUGGUGUGUUCCACACUCAAAACGCCAGAUCAGUAGUCACUGGCUAGCAUCCAAAAUGCAAUGGAAAGUGGGUUUCCUGUGAACUGUCUUAUAAGCCAGCUGUAAGGAGACCACAGAUCCUGUGUUGCACUGUGUCCUCCUUAUCCUGUAACCAAUAAACAAAUGUUGCUGGACGCCAGACCUCAGUGCCUGCGAUCAGUGAUGUCCCCACCUCGGAGAAACAGACGGAAGUGGUUUGGUUUUGGACAAUUCAUGGAAAAUGUAUGAAUACAUCCUACAAAACAUUACAUUUUCA